AAAAAAGUCAAAUUUUAUAUCAAAGCCGAUGAAAAAUUCUUUUUAAUAUCAUGUAGACAAUAUCCUGCGUUUCGCUGAGAAUCGAUACACGUUUCAAAGGGGGUGAGUAAGAAAGAGAAAGAGAGAGAGAUUAAGCGCGUGCGCUACGGAUACAGUUUUGCUCGGCGUCGUCGACUACAACAGUUCUCUAUCACUUUUUCCCCUCGAUAACUCUAAGGAUUUAUCGAGAAAUAUUGCGUUAAUUCGAAGAUACGAAAAUCUUGGUGAAAGAAAACGAUAAAAAUGUCGAGUAGCAAAUGUGUGAAACAACCGCGUAAAGCGUAUGCGAAGGAGCAGCACGAAAUGAGUCAUUCGGAGAAGUUAAGACUAAUCGAUGACGAGUUAAAUUCAUUUUACAAAUAUUGUCAGCAAGCAGGUUUUACCGAGGAAGAAAUGGAUAUAAUUUGUCAACCAUUGGUAGCGGCAAUGCGCCGUUCAUGGUUGCAACUCGUUUUUCGUGGUACUUUGAUACUCGUUGUGCUUGGUACAUUGGCUUGUCUGGCGGCUCAACUUGAUUUCGUUGGGACUCAUUUUACUGCUCUUAGCCGUUUAUUAUUGAUCAAAGUAUUACCAAUAUGGAACUGGCAACCUCUUUAUUACGAAAAUUGCAUGAUUAAUAAUCCCUUUUACAAUGAUUACACGAUUACGGAGGAAGAUUGCGUGACUUGCGAAGCACUUGAAACGAUUGAUCGUUUAUCGGACGUAAGAUAUCGCAGCCUCGUUGAUAAUUAUCUUAGUCGUGAUGCACCAGCUAUCAUCACCGAUGCAAUGGACACAUGGGCGGUUAUGAAUACGGAUUACUUUUGGUUCGAUAAUAUAACUCACCUUUACUUGGAGAACGAACGUUUGAUGGAAACGGUCCCAUGUGCUCUCACGUCUAAUUUACGAACCGGUUCGUCCGAUUUAGCGGCUUUUUUACGUCGAGUACACUCGCCCGAAGUUGCAAAAUGGUUUGUUCAUUGGCAAAAUUGUGACAUAAAUGCCGUCAAAGUAUUAAGAAAAUAUUAUCAGAGACCUUACUUCCUAUCGAGCACGGUCUCCCCGGCACACUUCAAUUGGGUUCUCAUGUCCUCGGAUUAUAACAGUCCUAGUUAUAAAAAAGUCGAGUUAGAUUCUGGCUUGAUAGCUUUGGCACAGCUUCGUGGUGCCACUCAAUUGCGAUUAACACCUAUCAAUCCAUGCAAUAGUUCUUGUCCCGAACUUAUUGCUGAUUUACAUCAAGGAGAGAUGCUUGUAUUUACCAACCUGAUGUGGACUUUGGAGUAUGCACCAAUGCGUGGAUUGGAUAACAUCGCUAUCCUUACGGAAACCGUUUGGGAAGAAGACAGUUAAAUCGUAAAAUCGUUACUUUUCAAUUAAUAUAACGAUCGUGGUUUCUUGAUCUUGAAACUUUUUCAAGAGCUUUCCCAUCUUUAAUACAUGUAUCGAUAUAAACGUAUUAAAUAGGACGUAUUCCAUCGAUCGUGUAUACGUUUGUUUCAUUGAUAUGUAUAUUUCAAUGAAGAAAAAAAAAAAAAAAACAAAAAGAAAAAAUAUAAUAAAAAAUAUCGCCAACUUUGACAAUUCGUAUACAUACUGUAACGUCGAGAGAAAUACUAAAAAAAAAAAAAAAAAAACAAAUCCUUUUCUUCUCUACUACCCUGUUUAAAAAGGAGACGCAUCAUAAAUGUGGUAUCAAAAAAAAAAAAAAAAAAAAAAAAGGAAUAAAAAAAUGGAAGAAAAAAAAUAAAAGAGAAGAAAGUUGUGGAGGAAUAGCACAAGUAACAACAAACAAGAUUUGUCUUUUAUUAAUUAAUUGUUUAUAAUAACAUUAUGUGUUUUUGUUGAAUUUUCUCGCUUAUGUCAGUUUUUUUCCCCUUUUUCUUCGUUAUUUUCACGUGGACACUAACAAGAGAGAAAGGAAAGAAAAGAAAAGAAAAGGGAGAAGAAAAAAGAAAUAAGAAAAAGAAGGAAGAAGACCAAAGAAUUAAUGAUUAUGCAUUGAUUCUUUAUAGAAAAAAGAAAGCGCAAGAUUAUUCAAAGAAACUUAUCAUAUAACUCUGACGACUUGGCAUGCUUAAUCUCGACGCGAUAUUCGUUAUAUUAGAAAUCAUCGUCAUCGUAGUAUAUAAUUAUCGGUUUGCACUAUACCCGCGCUCAUACAACAACAACAACAACAUCUUUUUCUUUCUUUGUUUUUUUUUUCUUUUUUUGUUCGAUGAGAAAGAAGGAGGACAAUGGGUACUCGAAAGAUGCGAAUCAAACACGUUUUCCUUCCCUCUCUCAGCCUCCAUCGAAUUUGUCUUUCCAAUUGUUUCUGUCUCUUUCUCUCUGGCUCUCUCUUUUUUUUCUUUCUUUUUCUCACACACAUACACACACAUUCUCUCUCUCUCUCUCUCUCUUCAUAACUUUCUUCGUCACGCACAUGUGUCUUCUUCUUUCCUUCAUUGGAAUUUUCUUGCGGCGAUAAAAACGUUCCACGUUUUUAUUAAUAAGGUAACGCAAUUUAACGUUACAACUCUCGUGUCAUACAAGUAUGUACUUUAAGCGAGGACCAUUACACGUACGCUAGCAACGCAUAAAUAUAUAAGGGAUAUCAUCGAGUUUUAGUCUAUAACGGGAAUAUUGGAAAGAGAGGAAUGAUUAGAAUCACAUAGGAAAAAAAGAGGGGUUGGAAAUAUUGCGUUAUCGUUUGGUGUGAUGAUAAAGAAAGAGAGAAGAAAAAGAAAAAAAAAUAUGUGUAUAUAUAUAUAUAUAUAUAUAUAUAUAUAUAUAUAUAUAAGAAAAAAAAGAAAAUGGAUAUCUUUCUUAUCUUUCAAAUUUUUUUAUCUCCCCUCCACAAAUUCCUUUUUCGUUAUUAUUCCUUUUUAUAGAGAGAGAGAGAGAGAGAGAGAGAGAGAGAGAGAGAGAGAGGGAAAAAGGUUCGACCCUUUAAGUUAAUCCUCUUAUAAUAAUCAAUUCAUGGAUGUGUAACUUUGAAUUCAUACAAAUGAAAAAUUUUACUUCAGUCUCGAAAAAUAAUAUUAACAAAAAUGAAAUUGUAAAGAGUUAAAAUGACGUUAAAUCGGAAACUUUUGCAAUGGUAUUCCAGAUCGAAGAAGAAGAAGAAGAAGAAGAAGAAGAGAGAGAAGUGGACAGAAUAUGGAUAACAGGCAGGAUAUAACGAUCUUUUGAUGGAUCGUUACAAAUUAAAUAUUUAGUAGGACGUUAUAACAUCAUUGAAAUUUAUAGAGAGCAAGAAAUUGCACACGAUCAACGAUAAUCGCGGCGAUGUUAAAAAGUUCCUGUGACAAUGAGCCCCAUCUCGAAUUAUUCUAUAUCCAUCUCUAAUGAUGAUAUCAAUAAUAUGUCUAUUCAACACGCGUGAAUUUUCGGAGAUAACGAUCAACUAGGAGAACGCACUACAGUAGCACAUUUUUUACGUUCAGUCUGCGCGCUUAGUCGUUUCAUUCAUGUAUAAUAUAUUUGAUUGCAUCGUAAGUUCGCUCAAAUUUAGUCUUUUCUUUUUUUUCUUCUGUCCAGGCUAACGCUAAACAUUCUUCAUUUCUUUUUUCUUUUUUUUUUUUUUUUUAUAAAAAAUUUUUCUUUGCUAAAAAAAGAAAAAAGAAGAAAAAAGAAAAAGAUCUGAGAUCACAAUCAACUAUCUUGUCGUACAAUCUGUAUAAUUCUUUGGGAUUAUCUUAAUAAUCAAUCUUUCUUACGAACAAUACGACGCAUAUAUUGAAAUAUUUCAAUCAAAAUCAAUUAAUCUCUAUUAAACAUUUUCUAUGUACGAACGAUCGUUUCAAAGAAUGAA